CCUUGCCGGAAAUGAAAGGAUAUCCAUCACCGCGGCAAAAUACCCCAUGGAGCUCAGGCAAAAUCAAAGAAUGGAUGGUGAAGAUAGCGAGACGAGCACAAAGGUGGCAUCCUCAUGGUGAUAUAAAUAGCAAACCCCCAGAUAGGCUAUGUGUUCAUUCAGCAAGCACCAAGCACAACAGUGAUCACCCGUUUGAUAUCUAGUUAACCUAGUCCCCCCACCCACAAAGAUGGCAGACAGCAAGAUCACCACUCCGUCAGUAGCAUCAACAUAUGAGGCGGAUGUUCCCCCCUCCGACGCUAUGAAAAGCGAGCUUUCAGUGACUACCAGCCUCGAGGGCUUCUUAUUACAAUCAAGCCCACAAUCUCUAUAUUCAGCUUGCGCUUCUUCUACUAGCACUCCUUCCACGGCGGCUUCAAAAACAUCCUCUGAGGAAACAACAACAAAGGCCACGAGCACGAAACCGUGGGACGAGCUGAGUGAAGGUGGACUGGCCGAUGGUGAAAACAUGGAACUGCCAAAACCCCGUAGACGCAGGAAAAUGGAAGCUGAUGAGAUCCCUGGAAGAAGUGGAGAGGGAAGUACAUCUACACCCCCAUCUGGAACGUUAAGAUACUAUGCCUUGGAAUGGGUUCAAACUAAUGGCGAAAGAUGUUGAUGGGUCAGGCUAUAACGGCGAGUGAUAGACGUAACUGACAACUGCGCAUAUACACGGCC